AUGGCGAUGAUGUACAGGUCACCUUCACUCCUAACAAGCGAGCUGCUACCACUGUAUGGAGGAAACCAGGACCCUUACACUUCCAGUGAUGACCAUGCCCAGGAGGAGAAUGAGAUGGCUUCAGCAGGGCCACCUAGGUCCAUCUCCCUGAAUGACUACAGCAUGGAGAGAGAGGAGCCUGGCCAUGGGCUCCGUCAGGCGUACUUCUCCAACCAGGAGUACUACUGGAGGCUGGAGGAGCUGAAGAGAACCCACCUCAGGAACAUGGCUGAACUGGAGAGGAUGUACAUAGGCAGGUCAAAGGUCCCCAGUGAAGAAGAGGGAAGGGAUUCUGGUCUGAAGAGAGAAGAAACUUACGAUUCUCCCAGUCUGAGGCUGGAGAAUGCUGGAUCCAUGCCAAUCAGGACACUGCAGCAAAUCGUAUCCGACGAAGAGCUCGACUUCAAUGACACCUCCAGUGUUUCAAACCAAUCAGAGAGCAGCAGAGGGAACAACCACACUGAACUGGAGUUGGUGGACAAACCCAAGGCCUCAAAAAAGAACAGAAAUAUGGGGCGGGACAGACAGUCAAACCAAGCUGGGACAGUCAUUACCCAAAAGCGAUCAAAAAGCCAAGUCAAAGUUAGCAGCCCUAAAAGCCAGGUAAAACUGCUGCGGCAAACUCAGAGCCAUGUUGGAGCCCGCAGUUCCAGAGUGACCAUUCCCCAGCCUUUCCAGAUGACAGUCAGGGAGGAGGAGAAGAAACAGCGAAGGGUGCGUACACGCUCAGAGGUGGAGCUGGAGAACUCGCUGUUGCGCCGGGAGCUGGACGAGCUCAGGGAGUGCGGGAGGAAGUUCAGAGCGACGCCCGCUCCGUCGCACACCAGACGGCCCCUUUACGAGGUGGUCAGUCACCGCCCACAACAGCAACUUGGGCACCGUACCAUUAUCAGCUGGAAUCGAGGCAGAGGGAACCGUGGUGGCACUCAUGCAAAUAGGGUUGCUGGUGGCAUUCGUCCUACCUCCUCCACACUUCGUCCUUUCAGCUUCCUGGAAAGAGAGAGGAAGAAGAGGGAGCAGAAGAUUCUAGCUGGGUUAGGGAACCUGGAGCCCAAAGAGGAGAGGAGAGUCUUCAAAGCCAGGCCUAUGCCAAAAUUUGUGUACAGCUCCACCCAGAGGCAAGAGGGAAAAGAGCAGUUGACCAACACCACAAAACCAGGCCCCAGGUCAUUUAUCUUCAGCACACUGUUGGAUGAAGAGCCAAGAGAGGAAAGAGAGGACACAGAGGGGAACAAGGACACAUCACUGGACCCGGAAUUGAGGUUCCACCACUCGCAUCAGGAAAUGCAACCACAGUAUAAGAGCUACUGGAGGCAUCCCUCAAUCAAGAUGGCAGCAUUGCCCCUGAACCAACGAGAGCUCCUAUUGGGGAUGGAGCUGGAGAGGAAGCGGGUAAAGGAGAGGGAGUGGUCCUAUAUUGACCCACUCCAGACAGCUGGCUUCAGUGUCAGUCAUUGCACAAAUAAAGAAAGCUCAUUAGCCAACAAGAGUGACUAUAUUAGUGUGUGA